CACAAUUAUUCUUUUGUAAAUAAAAUGAGUUAGAAUGUUGAGGUCUAGUGCUUGUAGAAGGGCAUUGCAAUCGUAUUUAAGUACUGGGCAAAUAGCCACUCGUGAAUAUUUGGAAUCGUUCGAGCCCAAAAGUCUUCGUCGCUUAAAAGUGUUCGAUGAAACUCCUCCGGAGGAUUUGCAACGCAGCUUUUUCGAGAAAUUAACCGCAAAUUAUUCAAAUCCACGAUCAAUAUUAAAGUUGUAUCGCAGUUAUAUAGCAGUGGAUGACUAUCCAUGUUACUCAUGGCUUGUUCGUUGUCUAUGCCAACUUGGUAACUCAUUUUCGUUCAACUCUUUCUGGUCCCCUAUAGACAGGCAGGCCAUUGUUAAACUACCUUUAUUCAAGUAUUUGAUAUAUGAUUUAAUAGAGAGGAAGCAUUAUUUACAUCCACGCCAUGUUCCUCGAGUUAUAUUUGCUCUAACUGCAUUGGAUUAUCGUUGCUGGCCUCUGUUGUCAGAACUUCUAUCGCUUGUAAGGGCUCAUCUACAGGAUUGGCGCUUACCAACAUUAAGUUGUAUGAUUGGUUGUUUGGUACAAUUAGGAAUUUCCAACACAAAUUUCCCCGAUGAAGAUCAGUCUACCAAUAUUAUAUCAUUGUUAUUGAAUGAAGUUGAUAGGCGUGAUCCUAGUGAUUCGACACCGUUUGAUUGGGCUCUAUUAUCUUAUUCGCUAGUAUUGACGAAUCGAUAUGAAUGGCCAACCCGUGAUAAUGCAUCUCUACCACGUUAUCUCAAGCGUGCCUGUGAGGGCUUGACUCUGGAAAACUUGCCACUCAGUGGAUGGAUGCAAUAUUAUUUAUAUCUUACAUUGUACUGCACAGAUGUGGAAAAACCUAGUAACGAAAAGGAUAUUAAAAAUUCAAUCCCCUAUGAAUUUCAGGAAUCUUUGCAUACUCGUUGGCUAAAUGAUAUUUUAAUCCAUGCACAGCCCCAAGGAUCUGAAAUGUUACAAAAGGAUGUCGAUACUGUACUUGAAGGGCUUGGAAUCACAGAGGGACUAAUAAAUUGUUCAGUUGGACGUGAAGAUGAUGAACAACAUUGUUUAUUUUGUGGGCAUUUAUUCACUCAUCGCAAACUCUGCUUUGAAUACAACUAUCUCAUGCCCAAACCGGAUGGAAUGCCUGUAGAAAGUGGACUUAUAUCAUUCAGACGUCGUAUGUUUAAUAAAUUCGGAUAUAAUACUGCCGUCAUACAUAAACAUCAAUGGGACUCUCUAUCUCUAAUUGAAAAGGAAGAACAGUUAUUGAGGAUACUUUCAACAUUUCCAGCUGUUGAACCUGAAGUGUACGAUAGUAAGCCUGCACCAAAGACUUUCCCUGAGGAUGCCGAUUUAAAAUACAUGAAGCAUCUGAGACCAAAGAUCACUACAUGGCCACCAGAGAAAUUUACAGUCUAAAUUUCUCAGUCAUCAUCUUGGACAAGUUCAACUUUAAUCGGAUUAUCGUUUGGAGACUUCAAAAAUCGAACCAAUGUACUCUCUAUACCUCCCUUUACAGUUACGGAGCGAUAUGGACAUCCGACACAUGCACCUGUAAACUACACAAAC